GCUCCUUAUUUAGUAUUAGUACUACUAUUUUAUUUUCCUUCCGCAUUGAAAAUUUCGCAAGUGUCGGAAAUUCUACAAAAUCUUAAGCCUGCAGUGUUGUGGAUAGGUUGAAUUUAGUUGGAUUCCUCAGAAGAACCUGAAAUGGACGGACCUCCUGUGGAUGAUCUAUGCUCGGUAUGCCAUGGCAGAUUCAAGGUCCCUUGCCAAGCCAAUUGCUCUCACUGGUUUUGCGGUGAUUGUAUUAUGCUUGUAUGGCAUCAUGGAUCUGCAAUUCAACCUUGUAAAUGCCCGCUUUGUCGUCGCCAAAUUACAUUGUUGGUUCCUGGUGAAGCUGCUCAAAGGGAGCGUCACAACCCUGAUGUUGCUGAGAUUCUGCAAAAGAUUCAAACGUAUAAUCGUCUUUUUGGUGGACGUUCUAAUAGCCUCAUUCAGAGAAUGCAAGACCUUCCAUUUCUGCUACGUAGAUUGUUACGGGAACUGACGGAUCCUCAAAGAUCACUUCCUCUUGUCAUCAGGGCACGCAUCUAUAUUGCAACGAUACUAAGUGGCAUUUACAUUCUUAGUCCUGUAGACAUCAUUCCAGAAGGUAUUUUGGGUAUAGUUGGCCUUUUGGAUGAUUUCCUUAUAGGACUUAUUUGCUUCCUUCACGUUGCUGCCAUUUAUCGAUCAGUAUUACACUUCAGACAUGGAGGUUCAUGAGUUGAUUUCUGGUUCCUUUGCUGUAAUCUUUGCAUUAGUUGUCAUGUAACUAAAUUUAGAUUAAUGCUAUAUAACCCUCCUUUUUAACCCACCUUACUUAACCCACCUGACAUGGCAAUCAAAUAGUGGGUGCAUUUAAAGUUGUUUUUUGAGAUAUACACUUUUGGGGAGAAAUUGGACGAAUUUAUGAAUGAAAUUUAUACUGGCCAUUUACUA